GCACAAGAUGUCCAUUGAAGAGGUGUGCCGAAAAUACAAUACAGAUUGUGUGCAGGGCCUGACCCACAGCAAAGCCCAAGAGAUCCUGGCCCGCGAUGGCCCCAACGCACUUACCCCACCACCUACCACUCCCGAAUGGGUGAAGUUUUGCCGCCAGCUCUUUGGAGGGUUCUCCAUCCUCUUGUGGAUCGGGGCGAUCCUCUGCUUCUUGGCCUACGGCAUCCAAGCUGGGACUGAAGACGACCCAGCUGGGGACAAUCUGUACCUCGGUAUUGUCUUGGCUGCUGUGGUCAUCAUCACCGGCUGUUUCUCCUACUACCAAGAAGCCAAGAGCUCUAAGAUCAUGGAGUCCUUCAAGAACAUGGUGCCACAGCAAGCUCUGGUGAUCCGGGAAGGUGAGAAAAUGCAACUCAAUGCUGAGGACGUGGUGGUUGGGGACCUGGUGGAAGUGAAAGGCGGAGACAGAGUCCCGGCAGAUCUGAGGAUCAUCUCAGCCCACGGAUGCAAGGUGGAUAAUUCCUCCUUGACUGGUGAAUCAGAGCCCCAGACACGAUCUCCUGAUUGCACCCACGACAACCCCUUGGAGACCAGGAAUAUCACCUUCUUCUCAACCAAUUGUGUGGAAGGCACAGCACGGGGCGUCGUCAUAGCUACUGGCGACCGAACAGUGAUGGGCCGAAUUGCCACCCUCGCCUCAGGCCUGGAGGUUGGCAAGACUCCCAUUGCCGUAGAGAUUGAACACUUCAUCCAACUUAUCACUGGCGUGGCUGUCUUUCUGGGGGUCUCCUUCUUCGUCCUCUCCCUGAUUCUGGGCUACUCCUGGCUCGAAGCCGUCAUUUUCCUCAUCGGCAUCAUUGUGGCCAACGUCCCCGAGGGGCUUCUGGCUACAGUCACUGUGUGUCUCACCCUGACCGCUAAGCGUAUGGCUCGCAAGAACUGCUUAGUGAAGAACUUGGAAGCCGUGGAGACGCUGGGCUCCACCUCAACCAUCUGCUCGGACAAAACUGGAACCCUGACACAAAACCGCAUGACGGUUGCCCACAUGUGGUUUGACAACCAGAUCCACGAGGCUGACACCACCGAGGACCAGUCUGGCACGGCCUUUGAUAAGAGCUCCGCCACUUGGGUGGCCUUGUCUCAAAUCGCGGGGCUUUGCAACCGAGCGGUGUUCAAGGGAGGUCAGGAAAACAUACCCAUUCUCAAGCGUGACGUGGCAGGGGAUGCUUCUGAGUCGGCGCUUUUGAAAUGCAUCGAGCUCUCAUCCGGAUCGGUCAAGCUCAUGAGAGAGAAAAGCAAAAAAGUGGCCGAGAUCCCCUUCAACUCCACCAACAAAUACCAGCUCUCAAUUCAUGAGACGGAGGACCCCAACGAUAAUCGCUACCUGUUGGUGAUGAAGGGCGCCCCUGAGCGCAUCUUGGACCGAUGCUCCACCAUUAUCCUCCAGGGCAAGGAGCAGCCACUCGAUGAGGAGAUGAAAGAAGCUUUCCAGAAUGCCUACCUGGAGCUGGGGGGACUUGGCGAGCGUGUGCUGGGUUUCUGCCAUUACUACUUACCUGAGGAGCAGUACCCCAAAGGGUUCGCCUUCGACUGUGAUGACGUCAACUUCACCACCGAAAACCUCUGCUUCGUAGGGCUCAUGUCCAUGAUCGACCCACCCCGAGCUGCUGUGCCUGAUGCUGUUGGCAAGUGCCGAAGCGCAGGCAUCAAGGUGAUCAUGGUAACUGGAGACCACCCAAUCACAGCAAAGGCCAUUGCCAAAGGCGUGGGCAUCAUCUCAGAGGGCAACGAGACAGUGGAAGACAUUGCUGCCCGCCUGAACAUCCCUGUCAGCCAGGUCAACCCCAGGGAUGCCAAAGCUUGCGUGAUCCACGGCACGGAUUUGAAGGACAUGACCACGGAUCAGAUUGACGAGAUCUUGCAGAACCACACCGAGAUCGUCUUCGCCCGCACCUCCCCACAACAAAAGCUCAUAAUUGUGGAGGGUUGCCAGAGGCAGGGUGCGAUUGUGGCCGUCACAGGGGAUGGAGUCAACGACUCUCCAGCUCUGAAAAAAGCGGACAUUGGGGUCGCCAUGGGCAUUGCUGGUUCCGACGUUUCCAAGCAGGCAGCUGACAUGAUCCUCUUAGAUGACAAUUUCGCAUCCAUCGUCACUGGAGUUGAAGAGGGACGACUGAUCUUUGACAAUCUGAAGAAAUCCAUCGCCUACACCUUGACUAGCAACAUUCCCGAGAUCACGCCCUUCUUGCUGUUCAUCAUGGCGAACAUUCCACUGCCCCUGGGUACCAUCACUAUCCUUUGCAUUGAUUUGGGAACCGAUAUGGUGCCUGCCAUCUCCUUGGCUUACGAAGCAGCCGAGAGCGACAUCAUGAAACGUCAGCCACGAAACCCCAGAACUGACAAGCUGGUGAAUGAACGGCUGAUCAGCAUGGCCUAUGGACAGAUUGGGAUGAUUCAGGCACUGGGCGGUUUCUUCUCCUACUUUGUGAUCCUGGCUGAGAAUGGGUUUCUUCCCUCGGUGCUGGUUGGCAUUCGACUGAACUGGGAUGACCGAACAGUCAAUGACCUGGAGGAUUCUUAUGGGCAGCAGUGGACCUAUGAGCAGCGCAAAGUUGUGGAAUUCACCUGCCACACAGCUUUCUUCGUCAGCAUCGUGGUAGUGCAGUGGGCCGACUUGAUCAUCUGCAAAACCAGAAGGAAUUCAGUCUUCCAGCAGGGCAUGAGAAACAAGAUCCUUAUUUUUGGUCUCUUUGAAGAGACUGCCCUGGCUGCUUUCCUGUCAUACUGCCCCGGAAUGGAUGUGGCACUGAGAAUGUAUCCCCUUAAGUGA